ACAGUGGUUUGUGUGUGAGGAACUGAGCGCCAGUCAGUCGUGUUGGGAAAUCCUGUGCCGUGUUUUGGAGGUGCUCGGUAUUUCCUUUGCUGCCGGGGUUUAUUCGGGAGCCGUGAGCAGGUUCAGGCGGCAGCUACCGGCUGCAGCUUUACAACAGGACAGGAUUAACGCGGGCUUUAUGGUCCUGUGUUUGGGAUCUUAACCCUUUUUGCCAUGGGAGGUUAAUUUCUCCGCCUGCGGCUGUACUCUCCCGAGCUACACGGGCAGCGAUGUAACCGGGAGCAGCAAUGUAACUCUGAGGCAGGCGGAGAGGGUCAGUCCAGGGGACGGAGUGACAGUUCGGGAGAAGGAUUGAAAAUCCCAGGGAGUGAGACAGUGUGUGUGACAGUCCCGGGGAGAGAGAGAGUGUGACCGUCCGGAGAUAGAGUAACAGUCCGGGGAGAGGGAGAGAGAGAGACAGUCCGGUGAGAGGGAGAGAGAGAGAGACAGUCCGGGGAGAGGGAGAAGGAGAGAGAUUGACAGUCCGGGGAGAGGGGGAGAGAGAGAACGUGACAGUCCGGGGAGAGGGGGAGAGAGAGAAAGUGACAGUCCGGGGAGAGGGAGAGAGAGAGAGAGAGAGAGUGUGACAGUCCGGGGAGAGGGAGAGAGAGAGAGACAGAAAGUGACAGUCCGGGGAGAGGGAGAGAGAGAGAGACAGAGGGUGACAGUCCGGGGAGAGGGGGGGAGAGAGAGAGACAGAGAGUGACAGUCCGGGGAGAGGGAGAGCGAGAGAGAGUGACAGUCCGGGGAGAGAGACAGUGACAGAUCGGGGAGAGGGAGAGCGAGAGAGAGACAGAGUGACAGUCCGGGGAGAGGGAGAGAGGGAGAGACAGAGGGUGACAGUCCGGGGAGAGGGAGAGAGGGAGAGACAGAGGGUGACAGUCCGGGGAGAGGGGGAGAGAGAGAAGGUGACAGUCCGGGGAGAGGGGGAGAGAGAGAGAGAGUGACAGUCCGGGAAGAGGGAGAGAGAGAGAGUGACAGUCCGGGGAGAGGGAGAGAGAGAGAGAGAGAGAGUGACAGUCCGGGGAGAGGGAGAGGGAGAGAGAGUGACAGUCCGGGGAGAGAGAGAGAGAGAGAGAGAGAGACAGUCCGGGGAGAGGGACAGCGAGAGAGAGUGACAGUCCGGGGAGAGACACAGUGACAGAUCGGGGAGUGGGAGAGAGAGAGAGUGUGUGACAGUCCGUGGAGAGGGAGAGAGAGAGAGACAGAGAGUGACAGUCCGGGGAGAGGGAGAGAGGGAGAGACAGAGGGUGACAGUCCGGGGAGAGGGGGAGAGAGAGAGAGUGACAGUCCGGGGAGAGAGACAGUGACAGAUCGGGGAGAGGGAGAGCGAGAGAGAGACAGAGUGACAGUCCGGGGAGAAGGAGAGAGAGAGAGAGAGAGAGAGAGUGACAGUCUGGGAAGAGGGAGAGAGAGAAAGAGCGUGACAGUCCGGGAAGAGCGAGAGCGAGUGACAGGGAGAGGGAGUGACAUCCCGGUUGCUGGGCUGAGAGUGAAAGCGGGGCAGAAGACACAGGGAGGGCGGCCCUCAGCCGGGACCAUGGCGAGAUCCAGCAUUAGCGACUACGAUCGCACCGAAGCUUGGCUGGAUGAUCAUGUCGACUUUGCGCAUUCAUACUUUGUCCGGAAGGCAACCAGGGAGAUGGUCAAUGCCUGGUUUGCAGACAGAGUGCACACUAUUCCCACCACAAACGAAACUGUGAGAGACCUCAGCCCUAUGCAUCAAAUGACCCAGCCUGAGAGUGCCACACCUGGGACACCUACAAGGAAAAUAUCUGCUUCAGAAUUUGACAGGCCCCUGAGACCCAUGCUUGUUAAAGAUUCUGUUGGGAGUUUAACAUUUGUCUUUGACCCAGAUAGAAAGGAACAGAUGCCAUUCAAGUUUCCCAAGCCUGCAUGUGAAGCCAAACCUGUCAACGACCAGUGUUCCCAACUUUUAGAGCUUGUCAAGGAUAUUUCCAGCCAUUUAGAUGUUACAGCGCUCUGUCACAAAAUCUUUCUCCACAUCAAUGAAGUUAUUGCUGCUGACAGAUAUUCGCUCUUCCUGGUGCACGAGGACAGCUCAAAUGAAAAGUUUCUUGUGAGUCAGCUCUUCGAUGUUGCAGAAGGUUCCACACCUGAAGAAACUUCAAACAAUUGUAUCCGGUUGGAAUGGAACAAAGGGAUAGUUGGAUAUGUAGCAGCUACAGGAGAGCCACUGAAUAUUAAAGAUGCAUAUGAGGAUCCCAGGUUUAAUGCAGAGGUUGACCAGAUCACAGGAUACAAGACGCAGAGUAUUCUAUCGAUGCCAAUAAAGAAUCACGAAGAGGAGGUUGUUGGUGUCGCUCAAGCAAUCAACAAAAAAUGUGGAACAAAUGGAGCAUUCACCAAAAAAGAUGAGAAGGAUUUUGCAGCCUAUUUGACCUUUUGCGGGAUUGUUCUCCACAAAGCCAAAGUGUACGAGACUUCGCUACUUGAAAACAGGCGCAAUCAGGUUCUGCUUGAUCUAGCUACCCUGAUAUUCGAGGAGCAACGUUCCUUGGAAGUAAUUUUGAGGAAGAUUGCAGCAACUAUCCUUUCGUUCAUGCAGGCUCAGAGCUGUACCAUCUUCAUUGUGGACGACAGCUCUUCUGAUUCAUUUUCCAGUGUCUUCCACAUGACUUCAGCCGAGCUUGGCGAUCCAUCAGAGUUCCAGAGAAGGAGUUAUGAUACAAAUAAAAUCAACUACAUUUUUGCAAAGUACACAAAAAGCACCAUGGAAACUUUGAAUAUUCCAGAUGUUAGCAAGGAUGCACGGUUUACAUGGACAAGUGAAAAUGCAGAAAGUACAAACAAACAAAUAAAAAGCUUGCUCUGCACCCCAAUUAAAAAUGGAAAGAAGAAUAAAGUGAUAGGUGUCUGCCAGUUGAUGAACAAAAUUGGUGAAGCCGUUGACAAAAUCAGUGCCUUUAAUAAAAAUGAUGAGCAGUUUCUGGAAGCAUUCGCCAUUUUUUGUGGCUUGGGCAUACAGAACACUCAGAUGUAUGAAACUGUUGAAAUGGCCAUGGCAAAACAGAUUGUGACACUGGAGGUCCUUUCAUAUCAUGCAUCUGCCACUGAAAAUGAAACUGAGGCACUUCAGGCUAUGACUGUCCCUUCUGCUCAUUCACUGAAGUUGCUGGAUUUUAGCUUCAGUGAUUUUGACCUGACCGAAGUUGAAACGACGCUGGCUGCCAUCCGGAUGUUCCAGGAUCUGAAUUUUUUACAGAACUUCCAGAUGAAAUACGAGGUUCUUUGCCGCUGGAUUUUAAGCGUUAAGAAAAAUUAUCGAAGACAUGUAGCAUAUCACAAUUGGAGACAUGCAUUUAAUACUGCUCAAUGCAUGUUUGCUGUGCUGAAAUCUGGCAAGAUUCAGAACAAGUUAACAGACCUGGAGAUUUUAGCCCUCAUUAUAGCAACCCUGAGCCAUGAUCUGGACCACCGAGGGGUGAACAAUGCUUUCAUAAAGAGGAGUGAGCACCCCCUGGCUCAACUUUACUGUCACUCCACGAUGGAGCAUCAUCACUUUGAUCAAUGUGUCAUGAUACUCAACUCUCCUGGAAACCAAAUUCUGAGUGGCCUUUCUCUGGAUGAGUACAAAAUGACACUGAAAAUGAUUGAGCAAGCCAUUUUAGCCACAGAUUUAGCAACCUACAUUAAGAGGAGAGAAGAAUUUUUUGAUCUGGUGAAAACCAAUCGAUUUGACUGGGAAGUUAGAAGUCACAAGGAGCUUUUAAUGGCGAUGCUGAUGACAGCAUGUGAUGUGUCUGCAAUAACCAAACCCUGGCCUGUUCAACAAAAGACAGCCGAACUUGUGGCAACAGAAUUUUUUGAACAAGGUGACAAAGAGAGGGAAGAGUUAAAAAUUGAACCUAUUGAUUUAAUGAACAGAGAGAAAUGUGAUCAGAUCCCCAGCAUGCAGGUUGGAUUCAUUGAUGCAAUCUGUCUUAAGUUAUAUGAGGCUUUGGCAGAGAUAUCUGAAGCUUGCCUCCCAUUGCUUGAAGGCUGUAGGAAUAAUCGAAAGAACUGGGAAACGCUAGCCGCUCAAAAACUGGUGAAUGGCGAAAAGAAAUGAUGGCCUCGGUGUUUGAUCCUGUAGCCUAUUGAGAACACAGGACUCAUCUUUUGGGAUGAAUUUGGAGCUGACAAGCAAUUGUUUCUUUUUUUCUGCCAAUUGUGUACAGAAUAUAAUAAAAACUGUUAGUAGCUCAGUGAAAUAAGAACCAUUAGCUCCCAACUGGUGAGGCUGUUUUCCAAAUCACUUUGACAAGCUGUUAUUUUCAGUUUAAUUGUUACCACAUUCACAGACCAUAGGACAGCCAAUAAACUGGCUGAAUGUAUCUGCAGUUUGUUCAUACCAGUCAGAAAAGGAAAGGGACGGCAAAUUCUGCAACUUAAGAAAUCUGGGAGUUUCAGACUCUCCUGAAAUUUUGAUGUUUUAACCUAGCAGACAUGCUCUUAAUACUUAUUUUAAAAUGUAAAUGAAAUGGUCAAUUAUUAUCAAAAAUACACCAAUACAACCUAACACAUUAUUGUUCAAUUUUUAAAAAUAACUUCUUAGCUAGAUUUGGCUGCUAUGAACUUACUGUCUAGCUCUGAGAGAAUGAAAGAAAAUUUGUAGUCUUGCAUGAGAUGCAGUUUGUCCACGAAUAAGUACAGCAUUCUAUUUUGUAGCCAAUCCACUUGCUGGGAGAAUUGUGUGGCUUCCAAUCAAUGUGUUUAUAUAUUAUAUAAUGUCACUAAAAAUGAGACUUUUCUCUUGGUUUUGCACAGAAAGAAUUGUAGCAGUUGAAUCUUGUAAAGGCAUGUAUAUUAUAUUUUACAACAUUGUUGGGAUAGUUUUAUAACGGGUAGCAUGUUUUACAUUUCAAAGUGCACAUAUUUCAGUAUAUUGAUGAUAGGGACACAAGGCACAAUUAACAAAUUAUUUGGUGACAUUUGUACAUGAUGGCAUUACAGAAUUUGCUUUUGCACAGUUUUUGAAUAUUGUAAUUAAUUAUAAGUAGUUAUUUCUGACUGUAAUAAUAAUUGUCUGCAUUCAUAAACUCCACACUCCUGGUGUUGUUGCUCCUUUCAAUUGUGGCUUCCCAUUGUGAGUGUAAAAUUGGUGAUUUUACCCAUAUGUUUUUAGAAAUAAUACUGCAUUGUCAUGGUUGCCAUUAUCCUUUAUAUCUUCAGCGUAUAGUUUCAAAACUAAAUUAUCUACAUUUUAACUUUUUUGUUAUACGGCAAUAAAUUUCACAGAAAUUAGUUCUAUUUAUCAAUCAUAAAUGUUAUAAGACCCUAUUCCUCUCUAGCAACACAUCCAAGAUCAUCAUAUGGGAACAGUACUCAUGUAAUCUUCUCAAUCCAUAAUGUAUACCAUCAACUUUCCACAUUGGUGUUGCUCUCCCAAGCAGGGAAGGUGGUGAGAUAUUGCCAAAUUUCAAAAUUCAAGAGAGGGAUGAAAGACACUAAUUAAAAUAGUUCUUACCUACGAUGUAGGUAAUGGCAUGUUUGUUCCAAACAACAACUCUGGGAAUGCUGUUUAAGGUGAUAGCUCAUUAAUGUUACACUGUUAUAAAAAAUUCUGAUGAUUAUUGUUCUCGAGGAUACUGUACUGAAGAUGCAGCUAAACAAGAGAUGUUCCAGUAUAUAGCCUGGGUGUGUAAGAUAAGGACUGAGUUCACAGCUAUGUUUAAUACCACAUGAUUCAUGUGUUUAAAAUAUAUAUUUCAGCCAAUGUCAGGAAAUAGUAGGAAACUAAAAGAACGACAGAUGCUGGAAAUUGGAGAUAAAAACAGAAAUUGCUGAAAAAUCCCAGCAAGUUUGGAAACAGCUGUGGAGAGAAAUCAGAGUUAAUGUUUUGGGUCCAGUGACUUAUCCCCAGAACUGGGUUUCUGCUUUUUUUCCAGAAAUAACAGCACUGGACAGUUUCUCCUAGUGAAGUCAAAUAUGUGUGGGUAAAUAAUAUAUUAGGUAUUGAGGUGGUCAUCGCUAUACUGAGAAAUUCAGGUAGAGCAAGCCAACUUGAUUGAUAUGAUCGGUGUUUCAACUGACACAUUAUUUUCAGUUUCCAUAUAUUGUGCAGGAGAAACUAUUGAAGUUUUUUUAUCACACUUCAUUUGUUAAUUAAACUGCUUCUUUGCUUACUUAGUCCUUUACAGGCUUCUUAAAUCAUUACUAAGGAACAAUUGUUUCUGAAAUCAUUACUGACAGGCAGAGAACUCUGGUGUUGGUACUGUUUGGAAGGGGAUAUUGGUUAGAAGCCUUGUGGUACUUCAUGAAUGUGUCUUCAGCUGAAUCGGCAUUUAUCUUCAAACAUUGUGAUCAAAUAUUUGGGUAGUUUUAAAGAAGUAGCAUAGAAAUUUGUUGCUCGGAUAGGAAGAAAAGGUUAUUUUCAUAAAAUGUUAUCUCAAGUUGUAAAACAAAUGUAUGAUUUAUAUAACACCAGGGCACUACAAUAUCAGUGCCUGACAGUCUUUUCCAUUAGAUCAACAGUAAAUCAAUGUUGAGUCCUUAGUUUAUAAAUUCAUUAAAACAUUGUUAAAUUACUUGUUUUAUUACACUGGAUUGCUUCUAGGUAUUGUCAAUUUUAAGUUUUAACGUAGAAUUAGAGUGCAUUGCAUUGUACAAUAGCCUAUAAGGUAAGGUUGAAAAAUUUAUCAGUCAGUUAGUUAAAACGUGAUGAUGGGUCUAUAGCAUGAAACUGUUUCUAAUGCAGUAUUGGAUUGGAAUUGUCAAUAAGGCUACAGGGAUGAUUGACAGAGAAAUGGAAAUGUACUAUUUCAUUAACUAUUAUUCUCCUAAAAUUGGAGUUAUGGUGGGAUUGAUCAAAGAGAAAUUUAAUGUUCUAGAUGUGGGAACACUUAAUAACAAUGGAUACUUGAAUUGAGAAUGCGCUCCCUUCACCAGCCCUUGCCUUGUAGAGGGUCAAAAUGUAGUGGGCUGUUUUAGACUACUGACAAAUUGAAUGAAUUUGGAGGCAAUAUGAGCCUCCAUAAACAUCUCUAGCCAUAACCAUGUUGAAAUUAACGUGAGAAGCAAGCAAAGAAAAGAAUUUGAAAAUAUCUUCUGGCAAAACUAUUCACUGUACUCCUGACAAUAUUCCCCUACCCUAAUUCAUUUCACUCCACAAGAUAUUUAAGGAACAGAUGAGCUUGUUGCUCAUAGUGCAAAAUUUUGAGCCCUAAUAAUAUACAUGCUGAUAGCCAGCCCACUAUAUCUAGUCAUCCAAGCCAAACUGUUCUUAUGAAUGUGUCAUCGUGGUAUCUUUCCACAAAUUGCCAAUGCACGGCGAAUAAUUAAAUCCAGCCUGGCUAAUUACCAAUCUAUUAGCUUCUCACUUGUCAACAGGAAUUAGUGAAAAGAGUCAUCAGCAUUGCCAUUUUAUGAUGAUUACUUGUCAAAGGCUUGCCCAUUGACUUUCGUUUAGUUGUGACUAGAACCAUUUGUAUCCAAGCUCAUUCCAGUCUUGACCAUGAUGCACAUGGUAAAAGUGAAAAAACGAGGUGAGAGCUGUACAUCUCAAAACCAAGGCAGCAUCUGAGAAGCAGUGCUUUCAUGGAAUACUAUUCACAAAUUCAGUGACAUUCCAAAUUACUCUAGUACUCUGAGGUCUUUAUUCUAACAUAAGAAAUACAGUGGGAAAUUUGCACACAGAAAGUUCCCACAAACAACAAGAGAUAAUGACUAGAUCUUUAAAAAAAUAUUGACAAAGGGAUAAUUAGUGGCUGAGUCAUUAAUGGAUAGUUCCCCUGCCUCCCCUACUCUUCACAUUCAUGUGAGAAAUCAUUUGUGGCUUCAGCUUAAUAUCUCUUUAUUACAGGAGUUCCUCAGGUUAGCAUCUUUGGUUCAACCAUUUCAUCAGUGAUUCCUCCUCAAUUGUAAGGAUAGAGAUGCUCAAUGAUUUUUGAGAUCCAUUUACUACUCCUUUGAAAUGACAGUCCUUACAAUUUCGCAGCAGGAACUGAAUACUAUUCAACAAUAGAACAUAUAGAACAUAGAACAUUACAGCACAGUACAGGCCCUUCGGCCCUCGAUGUUGUGCCAACCUGUCAUUCCGAUCUGAAGCCCAUCUAACCUACACUAUUCCAUGUACGUCCAUAUGCUUGUCCAAUUAUUACUUAAAUGUACGUAAAGUUGGCAAAUCUACUACCAUUGCAGGCAAAGUGUUCCAUUCCCUUACUACUCUCUGAGUAAAGAAACUAAUAAAUAGUGAAACAAUGACAACUCUAAAAAAGAGAAGUUUCAAUUGCAUUCCCAUCUUAAACAGUAUCAUAAUUGUUGAGGUCCCCAUCAAGAUCUCAAAAGUUACCACUGACAAGGAAGUUAACAGGAGCAACCAAAAUAAAAUGUGGCUAUAGGUGCAAGGCAGAAGCUGGGUACUCAAGAAUGAAACUAGCCCAAAUCCUCUCAUCUAUAACACAAGUUAGGAGUCCCAUCAACAUUGUUUAAAAUGGAGUAGUUGGUUUGACUGCUGUCCACUCUACUGAAGUUAGUAAGCACUGCCACCAGCACCAGUGAAUCAUGAUUAUAGUGUGAACAAUCUAUAGGUUAUAUGCAGCAACUACUAAGAUGAAUUCAAAAGCACCUCUCUGUCACCAGAAAGAGUUGAGCUGCAAUAUCAUGAGACCACCAUCAUCUCUGAAUUCCCUUCAAUAUACUUACCAUCCUAUAAUACAACAUUGUUCUAUCAUUGCAGCAUCUUAGAAUUCUUACAUUAUACCACAAUGAGAAUAGACUUGUACAAGGGGUUGGAUUACUCAGGUAGAUAAGAACCUGGUGCAGAUUGACACUACAGCAUAGGAUUAGUUCUUUUACUGGCUGAGAGUUUGUGGGAGUCUAUCAACUAACCUGCCCAUAAUAUAAUUAUGACAUUGGCCAUUAUUAGUGACCCUCAGUGGACUGAAAGAAAGAGAAAGAAGCAGUGAUAUAACCUAAGUAGCUAUCAAGCUACCCAGAUGUCUUGGAGCUUAUUUGCUCCUGGGAUCAACCUGUGAGAAUGGGACCAGCAGAAUGCAACCUUCCUUCACUAAAGCAAAUAUUCCAAUGUAGCAUUAGCUGUAAAAGUAUGAUCUUUGAAGUCAUCUACAGUUUUGACUGAAAUAAGGUGUCUGCCACCACUACAGCUAUUAAGAACCACAAUGGUUUAUAGGAAAAGCCCAAUACCACCAUCUCAGAGCAAACAGGGAAGGGUAAUAAGUUCUUAGAAGUAGACUCCCAUGCCCCGGGAACAAAUUGAAAACAUCAAGACUGUACCUGGUGAGUUUCUGAAAUAGUCAUUUGGUAUUUGUUGUAAAAGUUCUCAGGCACAGAAAUACAAUGAAUGUUGCCUUCCUGUUCUUUCCUCCUCCCUCUUCACAUUUUUGUUGACUUCCUCAAACAUGAAAUACUGGUAGUUUGAACAAGUUGCUAAUGUACAAUUUCACACAUUGUCUUCAAGUUCCUUUUGGUAACCUCAUGAAUAAUGGGCAUCUUCAGCUACGGCUGUGAGUCAUAAAAGUCAAAAGGUCCUGCUACAUGUUGAAUUGAUUUGAGCAACAGUUGUAUUUUUUUACUGAUAGUUUUCAUAGUCUUGAACAAGGGGAAGGAAACAUAAGCUAGCAUUCCUCUUCCUGCUGGUGCCUAUUAGAAAGAGAGCACAUUUAGGUGUCAGAUGGUGAGUGCACAGUUCAGCUUCAAAGACAUCUGUAGUUUUUCUUAAAAAAAACGUGCAGAUCUCAUUAUCUAAAUUAUGUAUGAUGAACAGAUAUUACAUCAAGAUCACAGAGGACUGCCUGUAUCUUGGAACAAUCAUGGGAAACAGAUUACAUUGCAAAUCACUUUGAUGACAAAUAAUGUUUAAAGGAGUGUACUGCACAGGUUUGGAAAUGCUUUGAUCGCUGGAGGAACAAACAGUAUUCUUUUAUAAAUUGGCUGUACAUGAAUUUGUAAAGGAUAGAGGCUACUAGAUCUCUGAUGGACCCUAUUGUGGUUAUGUUGGAGUACAGGCUAUGCACAGAAAAUAGGCUGGUACUGGGAUGUGGCAGAUGACCUAGAUUACUUGGAGUUUAGGUAGAAUCAUACCUGAGGCGAAAGUCUCUUUGCGCUCCAAUGUCAGAAGUGGUAGGGCUGAAAGCCAAGACUCUCUUUGCUAUGAGUUGCUGCUUCAGAGCUCCAGUGGCAUUCUGUAGUUAUCCUAAGACUAGCAUGCUCAGCUGUGAUGUACCAGCCUCCUGAAGCUGGCAGAGUAGAUCCCAUCAGACUGGACUCAAGUUUCAAUUCCAGGAAACAGUCAAGAGCCAUGAAAAAAGAUUAUUUUUUAAAUGGUCCAUCCUGUAUUGUGAGGGAACCAAAGUAUCUAAAUAGCAGCAGGUACCAGAAUUUCUGGUCUGGACUCUGUGAAUUGGUGAGUACAGCCAGGACUGUUGGCAGGGAGCAAUUCCAUAAUAACAAUCAGGUGCUCUUUUGCCCAAUCUGCAGUCAGCGGCAGUCGAACAUUGGCAAGCCAUGGGAGUGGCAAGGGUUUGUGGACCUGUACAAUUUAUAUGGAAUAGCAUCCAGAGCCAAGAUGUUCCAAAGGAAAAUGGUGGCACGGUGGAUCAGUGGUUAGCACUGCAGCCUCACAGCACCAGGGACCUGGGUUCGAUUCCAGCCUCAGGCCACUGUCUGUGAGGAGUUUGCACAUUCUCCUCGUGUCUGUGUGGGUUUCCUCCCACAGUCCAAAGAUGUGCAGGCUAGGUGGAUUGACUGUGCUAAAUUGCCUGUAGUGUUCAGGGGUGUAUAGGUUAUAGGGGGAUGGGUCUGGGUCUGGGUGGGAUAUAUCAAGGGGCAGUGUGGACUUGUUGGGCCGAAGGUCCUGUUUCCACAUUGUAGUGAAACUAAUCUAAAAAAACAUGAGGGGCCUGAUUUAAAUUGUUAGCCCUACAAUGGCCACAUGGGAAUGUUAACCAGGAUUUGUGCUAAAUAUUGUAUGUGAAAUGCAUGCCUAACCUCUGUGUAUGCAGACUACUUAAAUGUUAAGACUUUAUGGUUUUAGAUACAUUGCUUUGAGACCUCACAAGAUUAUUUUAAAUAAUUUGUUUGAACAUGUUUGCACAUUUUUGAUUAAAUGCUGUGAUAUUAUCAUUUAGCAACCAGAGGCAAUUAUUCUCAGAACAAAUAUGUUUGUGUAUUUUAUCCAUCACUGUGUGUGCAGCCAUUUUCCUAAUGUAUAUUAAUAUGACACUGUUGAAAAGGCCA